AUGAACAUUCCAGUACCCUUAAAUAUUAUAGAAGAAAAUGAAAGAGAUGAGAAGAUAAUUCAAUCAAAUAAUAAUGAUGAUGAUGAUGAUAAUAAUAAUAAGGAUUUUGAUGAAAUUGAGAUUGAUGUGAUUGAGAUUGAUAAAAAUAAUAAUAAUAUUAUUAAAUCAAGUAAAGAUAAAAAAUUAAGAAAGGAAAAUGAAGAAAUAUUAGAAACAAAAUUGGAUAUUGAAAAUAAUGAUGAUGAGGGUAAUAAUGAUGAUGAUGAUCUGGAUUAUAAUGAUUAUUUAAAAAAACAUGAUUUAAACGUCGCAAAAUCAAUAAUUGAUGAUCAAAAGGACGAAAUUGAAGAUCUAAUAGAACAACUCUCAAGUUUGGCCAUUAAAAAAGAUUCGUUGGAACAAAAACUUCAAAAAAAAGAUAAUGGAAAGAAAGUUUUAAGAUCACUCCCAGAAAUUGUAACCGAUACAAAACUUUUUACCGAAAUAAUUAGUAAAAAACUGGUUCAAUUUACAGAAUGGUUUGACAUUUUAAAUGAAACCUUUAUUCCCGAAAUUCGAUUCAAGAAAAAAAAAACUUUUGAUCUUGAAGAUGAAACCCAGGAUUAUUUUAUGAAAGAAAUUAAUCGUCUUACUUCAAAUCCAUUAAUAAAAUAUCAGAUGAAAAGAAGAGGAAUUGCUUUAAAUAAGAAAAGACCAGACAUUACAUUCUUCCCUAAAAAUCGCCAUCAAAUAGUUAAUAAUUUAGUGGGUGUGGUAGAAAUUAAACGACGAGAACUAACUCAUAAAACUUACGGACAAACAAUUAAUUAUGGCAUACAAGUAUUAAAUGUACAACCAUUCAGAAAAUUUGUUUACGCAGUUUUAACAAAUUGUAAUUCAAUUGUGUUUUUUAAGAUUUCGAAAGUGAAUACGGAUGAAGUGUUUUGUGAAUACACUCCAGAAUAUAAUUUAAAUAAUGGAGAAAAAGGUUGGAAUUAUUUAGUGACUUUAUUGUUACAGAAUCCUGAACAAAAUGGAUAUAACGAAGUAAAUUUUUUAUUAAUUCCCUUUGCAUUAUUAUGA